AUGCCGUGGUACUUCCUGCCCUGCCAGCCCAGCUGCGACAUGAUCUGGCUGGUUCUGGCUGCCCUUCUCCUGCUGCUGACGGGCUGUGUGUCUGUGUCUCUGGAAGAGCUGCCCAGGGGCUCAGGGGACAUAGCUGGCAGCAGCUCCAUGAGCGCCAGCACUAACACUAACGCUCGCCAGUACAACUCUAUCCAGCACGGAUCCUGCACCUAUACCUUCCUGCUGCCAGAGAACGCUGGGGGGAACAGGCCGUGCUGGACGGAGGGGGAGGGGGUCGGCGGCUCCAGCACCAGCCAGGGACAGGGCCAGUACCAGGGGAACACUCUACAAGGAGAUGCCCCCCUGAUAAAGCCCAACAUCCCAGGACCGGCCCCAGCUCUGGGCAGCCAGAGGAUCCAACACCUGGAGCACAUCAUGGACAACUACACACAGUGGCUUCAGAAGGUAAAAGCAUGUUCUCUAUGCAUACAGUAUAGUAGUAGUUGAUGUAAAGAUUAAAGCCUGACGUUUCAGUCUAAACAGAGCUUUAUCAGACAUAUGUAAUCUGGAAGGAAAUGCAUACUAUGUCCCAUGGCUGUGCAGGUCAAAAUGAUCUGCUUUUUUAUCAGAUUGAACUAUGUGCUAUUACAUUAGCCAAAGUUGUUAUCAAAACAAGUCUAAGAAGCGGUAGAUCGGUUCUAUGUGCGCUAUUUCUAUGCUUCCCGUUCUUGAGUUUAGUUUUUUGUGUCGUCUGUUUUGUACACCAGUUUUAAACAGUUGAAAAUACAAUAUUUUUUCGGUUCUGGAAAACAUAUUUCACAGUGGUUUAGAUGGUACAAUGAUUAUCUACACUAUCCUUGCUUAUUUUGUCACAUAAACUGAAAUUAGGCUAACUAUUAGAAUUUUUGCAACCAGGAAAUGCCGGAGCGAUUUCUGCAUAGUGCAUCUUUAAGUGCACAUUAUUAGCAUUGAGUAUGUUACAACCCCAUGAACCAUUUGGACCAAGCCAAAUGUGUCCUGCCAUAAUGAAUAUUAUUAUUAUAGGACACAUUUGGCUCUGUCCAACCUGGAUCCAUCUCUUUCCUCUAUGUCUGUUUACUUGGUCGCUAGGUUGUGAUGUUCUGAGUGUGUCCGGCUGGACUGGCUGUUCUUAAGAAAACACUGUGUUGUCUGUCUGAACCUUCUCACACUGGGUCACAUUGGCCCCACUUCAGUAUUAACAGAUUACCACUUCAGUAGAAACAGAUUGCCACUUCAGUAGUAACAGACUACCACUUCAGUAGAAACAGACUACCACUUCAGUAGAAACAGACUACCACUUCAGUAGAAACAGACUACCACUUCAGUAGAAACAGACUACCACUUCAGUAGAAACAGACUACCACUUCAGUAGAAACAGACUACCACUUCAGUAGUUUGGCACCAAUUUGUUCCACAAUGGUUUGGAAGAGUGUUUAUGAUAUAUGAACUUAACAUAACAUAAAUGCUAAUGAAUAAGAUGGCAAGUGUUGUAGAUAGCCGUCAUACUUUCAAUGCAUGAAUUGGACACAGGAAUUGUUUCAUCAAAAAACAAUAAACAUUGACAUAUAAUAGCUCUUGCCCACAUGGAAAAUCUUAGAGGGGUUGACUGUGUGAAAACAUUCUGUAUGCUGCAUACAUUGCCAACCAACAGAAUUAUACAUGAAGACUUUCCUCAAACUUCAUUCUGGUUAUCUUGUGUAAACUACUCAGGACUGGAUUACCUAAAGGGCACUCAGAGCAUGUACCUUGGGGCCCCCGAUGUUCAGGGGGCCCCAACCAGGGGGGACGGGAGGGUGGGGGCCCCCUGGAGGCAAUGGCAAAGUGUGUAGAAUUGCAGGAAAUUUGCUUUAUAACUGCAACAUUUUCUCUCAGCAUCAUGGCAAAAUGUGUAGAUUAGCAGGAAAGUAGCUUUAAAAAUGUGAAAUAUUCUGUCAGCCUCAUGACAAAAUGUGAAGAAUAGCAUGAGAUGAGCUAUAAAACAGCACAUCUUUCUCUCCACCCCAUGGAAAAAUGUGUAGAAUUGCAGGGAAAUUAUCUUUAAAACUGCAACAUUUUCUCUCAGCUUCAUGACAAAAUGUGUAGAAUAGUAUUAUAAAACUGCAAAUAUUUAUCUCUGCGCCAUGGCAAAAUGUGUUGAAAUGCAGGAAGUUAGCUGUUUUCCUAAAAUAAAUCUGUUUUCCCAAAAAUAAUUCAAAUAUAAUAAUAAUUUACAGUACCAGUCAAAAGUUUGGACACACCUACUCAUUCAAGGGUUUUUCUUUAUUUUUACUAUUUUCUACAUUGUAGAAUAAUAGUGAAGACAUCAGUGCUAUGAAAUAACACAUAUGGAAUCAUGUAGUAACCAAAAAAGUGUUAAACAAAUCAAAAUAUAUUUUAUAUUUGAGAUUCAUUUGUGGAAUUUAUUUCCUUCUUAAUGCAUUUGAGCCAAUCAGUUGUGUUGUGAAAAGGUACGGGUGGUAUACAAAAGAUAGCCCUAUUUGGUUAAAGACCAAGUCCAUAUUAUGGCAAGAACAGCUCAAAUAAGCAAAGAGAAAUGACAGUCCAUCAUUUGUUUAACUCUUUUUUGGUUACUACAUGAUUCCAUGUGUGUUAUUUCAUAGUUUUGAUGUUUUCACUAUUAUUCUACAAUGUAGAAAACAGUAACAAUUAAGAAAAACUGUGGAAUGAGUAGGUGUGAUACUGUAUAUUUUGACUGGUACUGUAUAUAUAUUUAUUAUUUUGGUGGGGCCCCUGGAGGUAGGUGCCCUGGGGCCCCAAAUGUGGUAGUCCGGCCCUGCAACUACUCCUCUGGGUUUCUUAUGUCUAACAUAGUGUGUAAUUAUUUGAGGAAAGGACAUUACAUGUUUAAUCUGGACAUUGUAAUAAGGAGACUGCCACUUGACACGUUUUCUCCUGCUCAACAUGUGUACAGUGCACUAGCCCUUCUCUCCCUUUCCUCUGCAUUGACAUUGACAUCUUAAUACACUCUGAUCUUACAGAUUAAUAGCAAUCCAUUAUGUUCCUGACUGAUUCCAUUAGCCGACUAUUAAAUUGUCUUCAUUCUUAGUGGGAAGCUGCUCAGACCACAUAGCAGCAGAGAUAAACAGUCUGACACUGCACUUUCAGUAAGUGUCAUAGAGACCAGGCCAGGCCUUUCCUCUGUCUGUGCAGAGGGAAUCUAGCCACACAGUAGAUGUUCUCAAAUUGAAAAUCAUACUUAGGGUGAUCUGUUACGUUAAAUCAGGGAUGAAGUGAGACAAUAAAUUCUAGCUUUGCGAUGUAAAUAUUUCAUAUUUCAUAUGCCAUUAUUGUGACUACCUAACUGUAACGGUAAUUUCCAAACUGUACAUUUUUGGAACUACAUAGUUUGAAAAGCUGUCCAAGGCUAAACUCAAACUGAUUGACAUGAACUGAAAAGGCCAUGGCUUGAAAGCCGGUGUAACAGGAAAACUAUAAACUUCAAUGAAUCACUGAAUGACCCUGAGCUGUCACAAAAAAACAAACAUAUUUUGAAAGCAUAUUGCUGGGAAAGACCUCUCCUCUCCUCAUUGUAAUCAUCAUGAGGAUAGUGAACUUGAGAUGGAUAAUGUCAUUGGCAGCUGAGCCCUGUCCACAUGAUGUAUCUGUGGUAGAAAACAUACAGAUGCAGUCCCAUGACUGAUCUCUCCUGGUUGACUAAAGGGAAAUGACUGAACUCAACAACCCUGAAAGAUCCCUCCCUAAGUAGUUGACCAGGGGCCAAGGAAAUCCUUAGACAGGACCAUAUCGAUGCAGUAAAUCCUUAAAUCCAAAAUUACUGAAGGGAAUGAAUACAUAUCCAACUUAUUUUCUUCCCUGGAUAUAAUUUCGUUAUUUCUGGUUGGUUCCUUGGAAGUUGUGGGAACGUAUGUUUUUGGUUUCACAUUGGUUGUGGGAACGAAGCCAUACGUAUCCUGACCGGUAAAACAUAACGUUUUCAAACGUUCUGAGAACAGAAGAUUUUGUCUCUAUUCUGGGAACUUUUAUUUGUAGGUUGCAGAGAGGUUCUGAGAAUGUUUUACUCUGGUUCCUUCAAAGUUUUACUGGGAGGUUUUAUUAACGCUCUGAGAACGGAAACUAUAGGUUAUUUUGAGUUUUUUAAAUAACUUCCUGAAAACAUUCACUAUGUUUCAAUAAGACUGCUAGCUUAUUUUGGGUUGACUUUUUGAACUUCAAGCACAAAUAGACUAGUUGGUUGUUUAGCAACAAAACCAAUGCAUAUGCAACUAUGGGGUAAAACAGACAGGGUAAAAUGUAAAAUAUAUUUUGCCUUCAAAUGUUUAUUGAAAACAUGAAUACAUUUUCACAAUCAGCACUCUCAAAUAAAUCGUUAGAGUUGUUGGUUAGCUAGCUAGCGAAUUUUUGCCAUAUAAGCAUUGACAUGAAAUCAGUCAAAACACAUUUACAUUUACAUCAUUUAGCAGACGCUCUUAUCCAGAGCGACAUACAAAUUGGUGCAUUCAACUUAUGAUAGCCAGUGGGACAACCACCUUUUUUUAAUUUGUUUUUUAUGGGGGGGGGUGGGGGAAGAAGGAUUACUUUAUACUAUUCCAGGUAUUCCUUAAAGAGGUAGGGUUUCAAGUGUCUCCGGAAGGUGGUCAGUGACUCCGCUGUCCUGGCGUCGUGGGGGAGCUUGUUCCACCAUUGGGGUGCCAGAGCAGUGAAUAGCUUUGACUGGGAUGAGCGGGAACUGUGCUUCUGUAGAGGUAGGGGAGCUAGCAGGCCAGAGGUGGAUGAACGUAGUGCCCUCGUUAGGGUGUAGGGUCUGAUCAGAGCCUGAAGGUAAGGAGGUGCCGUUCCCCUCACAGCUCCGUAGGCAAGCACCAUGGUCUUGUAGUAGAUGCGAGCCUCAACUGGAAGCCAGUGGAGUGUGCAGAGGAGCGGGGUGACAUGAGAGAACUAGGGAAGGUUGAACACCAGACGGGCUGCAGCGUUCUGGGUAAGUUGAAGGGGUUUAAUGGCACAGGCAGGGAGCCCAGCCAACAGCGAGUUGCAGUAAUCCAGACGGGAGAUGAAAAGUGCCUGGAUUAGGACCUGUGCCGCUUUCUGUGUAAGGUAGGGUCGUACUCUGUGAAUGUUGUAGAGCAUGAACCUGCAGGAUCGGGUCACCGCUUUGAUGUUAGCGGAGAACGACAGGGUAUUGUCCAGGGUCACGCCAAGAUUCUUUGCACUCUGGGAGGAGGACACAAUGGAGUUGUCAACCGUGAUGGUGAGAUCAUGGAGCGGGCAGUCCUUCCCCGGGAGGAAGAGCAGCUCCAUCUUGCCGAGGUUCAGCUUGAGGUGGUGAUCCGACAUCCACACUGAUAUGUCUGCCAGACAUGCAGAGAUGCGAUUCACCACCUGGUUAUCAGAAGGGGGAAAGGAGAAAAUUAAUUGUGUGUCAUCUGCAUAGCAAUGAUAGGAGAGACCAUGUGAGGAUAUGACAGAGGAUAUGACUUGGUGUAUAGAGAGAAUAGGAGAGGGCCUAGAACUGAGCCCUGGGGGACACCAGUGGUGAGAGCACGUGGUGUGGAGACAGAUUCUCGCCACGCCACCUGGUAGGAGCGACCUGUCAGGUAGGACGCAAUCCAAGAGUGAGCAGCGCCGGAGAUGCCCAACUCGGAGAGGGUGGAGAGGAGGAUCUGAUGGUUCACAGUAUCAAAGGCAGCGGAUAGGUCUAGACGGAUAAGAGCAGAGGAGAGAGAGUUAGCUUUAGCAGUGCGGAGAGCCUCCGUGACACAGAGAAGAGUAGUCUCAGUUGAAUGACCAGUCUUGAAACCUGACUGGUUUGGAUCAAGAAGGUCAUUCUGAGAGCGAUAGCAGGAGAGUUGGCUAGAGACGGCACGCUCAAGACUUUUGGAGAGAAAAGAAAGAAGGGAUACUGGUCUGUAGUUGUUGACAUUGGAGGGAUCGAGUGUAGGUUUUUUGAGGAGGGGUGCAACUCUCGCUCUCUUGAAGACGGAAGGGACAUGGCCAGCGGUCAAGGAUGAGUUGAUGAGCGAGGUGAGGUAAGGGAGAAGGUCUCCGGAAAUGGUCUGGAGAAGAGAGAAGGGGAUAGGGUCAAGCGGGCAGGUGGUUUGGUGGCCGGCUGUCACAAGUCGCAAGAUUUCAUCUGGAGAGAGAGGGGAGAAAGAAGUGAAAGCAUAGGGUAGGGCAGUGUGAGCAGGACCAGCGGUGUCAUUUGACUUAAUAAAUGAGGAUCGGAUGUCGUCAACCUUCUUUUCAAAAUGGUUGACGAAGUCAUCCACAGAGAGGGAUGAGGGAGGGGGAGGAGGAGGGGGAUUCAGCAGGGAGGAGAAGGUGGCAAAGAGCUUCCUAGGGUUAGAGGCAGAGGCUUGAAAUUUAGAGUGGUAGAAAGUGGCUUUAGCAGCGGAAACAGAGGAAGAGAAUGUAGAGGAGGGAGUGAAAAUUUGACAGGUCCGCAGGGAGUCUAGUUUUCCUCCAUUUCCGCUCGGCUGCCCGGAGCUCUUUUCUGUGAUCUCGCAAUGAGUCGUCAAGCCACGGAGCAGGAGGGGAGGACCGAGCCGGCCGGGAGGAUAGGGGACAUAGAGUCAAAAGAUGCAGAAAGGGAGGAGAGGAGGGUUGAGGAGGCAGGAGAUGGAGUGGAGCUGCUGCCCGGAGCUGAACUGAACCCCGGUGGAGUGGACUGCUCUGGCUCUGGACUGGAGCAUCUGACCGGGGCUGGACUAGACACCGGUGGAGCAGACUGCUCUGGCAUUAGACUGGAGCAGCUAACCGGAGCUGGACUAGGCACCGGUGGAGCGGACUGCUCUGGCACUGGAGUGGAGCAGCUGACCGGAGCUGGACUAGGCACCGGUGGAGCGGACUGCUCUGGCACUGGAGUGGAGCAGCUGACUGGAGCUGGACUCGGCACCGGUGGAGCGGACUGCUCUGGCACUGGAGUGGAGCAGCUGACCGGAGCUGGACUGGGCACCGGUGGAGCGGACUGCUCUGGCACUGGAGUGGAGCAGCUGACCAGAGCUGGACUAGGCACCGGUGGAGCGGACUGCUCUGACCCUGAACUGGACCGUACCGGGCUGGGGACACGCACCACUAGUCUGGUGCGAGGAGCAGGCACGGGCCAUACCGGGCUGGGGACACGCACCACUGGUUUGGUGCGAGGAGCAGGUAUGGGGCGCACCAGGCUGGCGACACACACCACUGGUUUGGUGCGAGGAGCAGGUAUGGGGCGUACCGGGCUUGUGACACGCACCACUGGUUUGGUGCAAGGAGCAGGUACGGGCCAUACAGGACUGGAGACACGCACCACUGGUUUGGUGCGGGGAGAAGGUACGGGGCGUACCAGGCUGGCGAUACGCACCACUGGUUUGGUGCGUGGAGCAGGUACGGGCCGUACAGGACUGGAGACAUGCACCACUGGUUUGGUGCGGGGAGCAGGUACGGGGCGUACAGGACUGGAGACACGCACCACUGGUUUGGUGCAGGGAGCAGGUACGGGGCGUACCGGGCUGGCGACACGCACCACUGGUUUGGUGCGUGGAGCAGGUACGGGGCAUACAGGACUGGAGACACGCACCACUCGUUUGGUGCGGAGAGCAGGUACGGGCCGUACCAGGCUGGGGACACGCACCACUGGAUUGGUGCGAGGAGCAGGAACAGCCCGGCCUGGCUGAACGCUCAUUUUAGCGUUCAGCACCAAGCGCACCGGGCUGUGAACGCGCACUGGAGAUACAGUGCGUAUCACAGCAUAACAGGGUGCCUGUAUGGUCCCACGCUCCUUAACACGAGUGCGGGGAGUUGGCUCUUCUCUGAAACCUGGCUCUGCCAGCCUCUGCUCUAAGGACUGCGUUCUCCUUUUCUCUAGGGUUAAUUCCUCUCUCAGCUCCUCCUGUUGCCUAGCCAGCUCCUCUCUCCGUGCAUCCACUGACUCCUUCUCCCUGUGGGCCUCCUGCAGUGCCUCCUUCUGAAUGGAGAGCCCCUGCUCCCUCUUCUCUAUCAGCCCCCGUAAGGUGGUGGUCUCCUCUCUCAGAGUGCUGAGCUGCAGGUCUUUCAGGGCCUCCUGCUGCUUCGCCCACCACCCCGUGUGCCUUCCCAAACAUUUUUCUUGGGGCUGCCUCUCGGGCUUCCUUAGUGAUCGGGACCUUUUGAGUCGCCAUUUUUUCUCCCUCGCUGUCUCCGUCUGCUCCCAAGGAAGGCGAUCCCUACCUGCCUGGAUCUCCUCCCAAGUCCAGGAUCCCUUACCGUCCAAAAUAUCCUCCCAUGUCCAUGUUGUCUGCUCUUCCUGUUCACGCUGCUUGGUCCGUUGGUGGUGGGAUCUUCUGUCACGUUCGUUGAGUAAAGGAUUGGACCAAGGUGCAGCGUGGUAUGCGUACAUGUUUAAUUAAGAAGUAAACACAAGACAAAACAACAAAAGCAACGUAACAUGAAGUUCUAAUGGGCUACACAUAAACAAGCCAAACCAGAAACAAGAUCCCACAACAUAGGCAGUCAUGUUGCCUACCUAAGUAUGAUCCCCAAUCAGAGACAACGAUCGACAGCUGCCUCUGAUUGGGAACCACACCCGGCCAACAUAGAAAUACAAAAUCUAGAUCUUACACAUAGAAAUUUACACCCUGACCAAACCAACUAAAGAUCUCUAUGUCAGGGCGUGACACAAUGUCAAGCCAGUUGGAGAGUGUGCCUAGAACAUUACCAAAAUUUUAAUUAAAUGUAACCAUGUUUGAACUUUUCUCACAGCCAAUGAAGUGGAGUGUACAGAACACCAGGAGUCUGGCAAGAGAGGUAAAGCCCUAAACAUCUCUUCAUACCUCCUCUGUGUUUGUGUGUCAGAUUGAGAGCUAUGUGAAGGACAGUCUGAAGGUAGAGAUGGCUCAGCUGCAGCAAAGUGCUGUCCACAACCACACAGCCGCCAUUUUGGAUCUAGGCACCAACCUCCUGACCCAGACUGCCCAGCACACACAGAAACUGACAGAUGUAGAGAUCCAGGUGCAGUAUUUUUAAUUUUUUUAAAGUCAUUUAGCAGACGCUCUUAUCCAGAGCGACUUACAUUUAGUGAGUGCACACAUUAUUUUAUUUAUUUAUUUAUUUUCAUACUCCCCGUGGGAAUCGAACCCACAACCCUGGCGUUGCAAACGCCAUGCUCUACCAACUGAGCUACAUCCCAACUGAGCCAUUCCCUCCCCUACCCUGGACGACGCUGGGCCAAUUGUGCGCUGCCCUAUGGGUCUCCCGGCCGCGGCCGGCUACGACAGAGCCUGAUUCUCUAGUGGCACAGUUAGCACCACUGCGCCACUCGGGAGGCCAUAAUAGUUGAUACAAUGUUUCAAGUUCGUUGCAGACAGGCCAUGCGUAGCCAAUGUGAUUUACAACAGUAUGAAUCAUAUACAAAUAUCCCUCUCCAAAGAACAUUAAAGUGCACGAUAUGAUAUCAGUAACACUUACUACUUAAUCAUGUAGCCUACACAGCAAUUCUCCUCAUUUGAUUGGAUGAAUAGGCCUAUGAAGUACAUUAAAAUACAUGUUAACACUUUUAGCCUAUAUAGAUCAUGUCUAUACACUUGACUGGGUGAAUAUGAAUGAUAGUAACAGUUUCCUGAUGGACAGGUGUUGAAUCAGACCUCGAGGCUGGAGAUUCAGCUCCUGGAGAACUCUCUGUCCACCAACAAAUUGGAGACCCAGCUCCUCCACCAAUCUACAGAGAUCAGCAAGCUGCACAACAAGAAUGGGUAAAAUCAACAUGGAUGAUUUUCUUCCCAUGAGCAGUUCUGUCUUGAUUUAUUGGCUGACUGACUGACUGACUGACUGACUGUUUGAUUGAUUGACUGAUUGACUGACUGACUGAUCGACUGAUCAACUGAUUGUCAAAUCACUUGUAUUGAUCAGGCUCUUGGAGCAGAAGAUGCAGGAGCUGGAGUCUGGGCACCAUGAGGAGCUGGUUACCUUACAGGAGGAGAGGUCCAGCCUGCAGCAGCUGGUAGCCAGACAGAGCAGUGUGAUCACAGAGCUACACACCCAUCUGGACCAGGCCACUGGCAACAACAGUAUCCUGCUUAGUCAACAACAGCAGCUCACUGACACCGUCAACAGUCUGAUGAAACUCUGCUCUAAGGACAGAGGGUCUGGAGGUACUGGAUGGAUGCUGGGGCCAAUGUUUCCUAUUACAGAAAGUAUAAAUAAAAUACUCUGGGGUAUGAAUAUCAUAGCAUAGAUAGGAAUGAUUUCCGGGAAGAGGGAGUUGGCUUUAAAAGCUCUAGGUAGGGUUAAAUAAAACAGAGGUACUGGAGGAUAUAUUGUGGCAAAUGUUCACAGGUUCAGACAAGGUAUUCUCUGGGCACAGAUAAAGCCUAUACCUGGACUAAGAAGGCUGGACUAACCCAGUGAGCACCGGCCGACGUCCAUGGACGUUGAAAAGAGGUUGAAACUUGGUCCGGAGCGGCCUUGAUUUCAAAGUCCACAGACGUCCAGACCGGACUUGAUUCGGCCCAAACACAGAUGUCUAAGUUUGAUUCAAAUUUAGUCUGGACAGGCCUUGAUUUGGCCCCUAAAAACCUGUCUAUGAUUCAUUCAGAUUUGGUCCUACAGCAUACUACAGCACUGUACAGUAGAGCACAGCAGAGUACAGUACAGUUAAGUAUAGUAAAGAAAAGUAGAGUAUAGUUCAGUACAGUAGAGUACAAAAUGGCACUGCACUCUACUGUGCUCUACACUGUACAGUACUGUACUGUACUGUGCUGUCCUAACCUGUGAAACAUAGACGUCUAUGAUUGGUUCAGAUUUGGUCUGAUCCGGACCGACCAAAUGUGGUUUUGUUUGGGGGCGGAGCUCAUUAGAAUAACACCCAGUAUACUUUGCCAGUGUUCAUUUUGACAUUUACAUUUUUGUCAUUUAGCAGACGCUCUUAUCCAGAACUGAAGGAUAUAUUGUGCCGAAUUUCUAUAGCUUUGUCUAAAAGACGUCUAUUCAACUUUCAUUCAGAACCCGAAAAUGAACCUGAUUUCAACGUCUGGAAAAUACGUAUUUUAGACCUCUUUUCAACGUAAUUUAGCUCACUGGGAAGUAGCAUAGGCUUAAUCUAUGACCGGGAAAGGCCUGGAUCAUAAAUACCAUAGCACAGAUAUGAAUGAUUUAGGCUUGGAGGGGGUUGACCUUAAAAGCUCAGGCUAGGGUUAAAUAGAACUUACUGUAGACUGGAGACUGAAGAGAAUUUAUAGGAGUUUAUAAUAACUUGGUGGGUGCUUAUAUUUGUCCUAUUUCACACAUGUACAAGUGUGAAUUAAUGUAAUAUCCAUUUGUGAAUUGUAAAUGUGUUUUGUUUUGCAUAUCCCAACUCUCCCUGAGACGCCCUCGGAGAGUGGGGUCAUGGCCAGGGUCUGUCAUUAUCAACGGAGACCCUGGCGUAAUUAAGGUUAAGUGCCUUGCUCGAGUGACUAAUGAUUUUUCACCUUGUCAGCUAGUGGAUUGAAACAAGCAACCUUUUGGUUACUGACCCAACGCUCUAACUGCUAAGCUACCUGUCGCCCAAAGGGAGUUCUGCUAAACAUCACCAGAAGUGUUUCAGUCAGGGCCCAGACUGGCUUCAAGAGCCUCUUCAGACUAGAAACAGCUACUUGUCUAGUGUUCUAAGAACAUAAGAAGAUGCAUUCCAGAACAUAAGAACCUGUUCUAAUAGGAACUGACCCAGUCUGGGCUGUUGAUUACAAAGGAUUUUGGAUGCAUUCAAAUUGGAGCCUAGUUUAUAAUUUGUUUGCUCUUGUUUCAUUAUCUAUUCAAGCAGUGGUCCCAAACAGCAACCUUGCCUUUAAGCAGAGAGAUUCAUCUCAUGAGGAGAGAAAGUAUCGGGACUGCUCUGAAAUCUUUCAAGCUGGCUUCAACAACAGUGGAGUAUAUACUAUUCACAUCAACACACAGGAGACCAAAAAGGUAAGGAAAACUUGAUAUAUUAUCUUCAGUAAAUAUUAGAGGGGGAAAAGAGAUGUAAAUUCAAUUAGCAUAAUUUGUAUUAUAGAGGCAUACAUUACAGAUGAUAUAUGCAGGCUUUGGCUCUGCAUGCAAAACAGCAAAAACUGACAUGAAAAAUUCAAGGGCUGCACUUUUUCUUACUGUAACCUACUUUAGUUUACGUGCAAGUGAAGUGGCAGCAAUUCAUAUACGGUACCCUAAAGCCGCUUGCCAAAAGAUUCGACAACAAUAUCCCAGGAAUAUGUCAGGUAUUGGCUGGCUGAUAUGCUGGGUCUGGAAAUACUCUUGGCUGGCCUCUUCACCGCAGCUACACGGCAGAUGUCCUCCUCCUGCCAAGCCGCAGAUGGCUGACUGGCAGUGUGUUACUGUCCAUUAUCAGCUGUCAGUGUCAAUGGGACCUCCAUGGCUACACUGAGCUACGUCCCUGGGCUUAGGACACAUUGUCAUUAUGGCCUGAACAUGGUACACUCAUCUAUAGUACAUUUUUGUCAUUUAGCAGACGCACUUAUCCAGAACGAUUUACAGGAGCAAUUAUGUUUAAAUGCCUUGCUCAAGGGCACAUCGACAGAUUUUUCACCUUGUCUGCUCUGGGAUUCGAACCAGCGACAUUUCGGUUAUUGGCCCAAAGCUUUCGGUUACUGGCCCAACGCUCUUAACCGCUAGUCUUCUUUUACAGGAAACAGAGUCGUUAUUGUCAUGAUAUGCACUGCAUGUGUGAGAGUAGUGCGUAAACUACCCAUGUCACUGACUUUCUGUCUCUCUCUCUGUAGGUUUACUGUAACAUGGAGGCAGCAGGGGGAGGAUGGUCCGUCAUUCAGAGGAGAAAAGACGGGACCAUGGACUUCCAGAGAACGUGGAAGGAGUACAAGAUGGUGAGGAGGCCAGGGUGGAAUAUUCUCACAGUAUUCACACUGACAUCUUUUCUGAUUUUGGUGAAUACAUAGCACUUGGGAUUAACAUGGGUAAUCGGGAUCCCGGGACUGUCCCGGGAACACUCUUCACGUUUACCGGAAAAAAUAAACAACAAGACCCGGGAAAUUACAACAUUUAUCCACAAUGUCUGCACUAAUUAAAUUCCACAGCAAAAGAUUAACAAAAAUUAAAAUUCAACAUUAUCCAAACAGGUUGUCACAUGGAAGCCAUUAGCCUAUCUUAUUUACUUGACACAAAGUCGCCAUAAAUUCAAAGAGCACGCAUAAUUGACACUGCCGGUCGUGCUGGACUGCACACAUGACCCGAAUGCAGUUAACGAACCCUACAGGAAACCCCUACAGUAUAGCCUAUUAAAGAACGUGUGCCUCUUUAAGCUGUCAUUGUAAAUCUUCAGACAGUCACAAAUUUGAUAGGCCUAUGCACAAUUCACUACAUAGGCAUCUCGGUCACAGACAUGAAGUCUGUUAACAAUUCAGAGGCAUGAGGGGAAAUUCUAUCUUCAGAGCCUAGGCUAUUUUCCUAUCCAGUCCCAAUCCCAAUGAAACCCAAAAUCCUGACUCCUGUCUCACUCCUGUUUCUAAUUUUAUAAUGGAAUCCAUAGGUUGCAUUAUCAAAGCACGUUUCUCGCCUAUGCAUGUCAAAAUACCGCUUUCCCUGCUUCUCUGUGCUGUCUCGUACUUGCUGCCCAUAUGAGAGCUUCGGUGUGAUCAACAAACGAUAUGAGAGUAGAAAUUGAUAUUUUUUAAACAGAGUUGGUCCCCGUUAAGAUACCUUGAUAUUUAAACUAUUUCCACUUCAUCUCCCCAUUAUUCAUGAGCAGAUCUGCUAUCUGUAUAAUCAUCAACUUGAUUUUGCCAAAUAUAGGAGAUAUUCUGUCAUUCGUUGAAGGAGGUUAACUUUGGUCAUUUGACUUUUGUUUGACUGCUGUUACAAAGAAUGAAUCGCCAAUACUAUGCUCGGAGUGCGCUCUAUGCGUGCUGAGCGUGCUCUGUGUCGAGAUCGCCUAGGCUACUUCUGAAAUGCGCUGUCGAUCAAAGAUAGUUACUCUAUCAUGACUACAUUUCUGUUUAAUUUGCUCUGAAAUCUUGACAUAGUGGCGCAGCCAAGCCGACAAGGUGGCGCAGCACCCCUGUUAUUUGGGGAGAACCCUAGCGUAGUGACCAUAUCUUGGUUUUAAAAGCUUUAAAUGGGCACUUCCGAUUUUUGCAGUAUAUCCCGGGACUCUCGGGAUAAAUAUGAAUUAUUCCAGGUAUUGAAACUUGGUAGAUUUUCGGGAAAAUAUGAAUCCCUACAUAGCACAAUAUUCCACAAUAUAAAUGUAUAUGUCAAACUAUAACAGAGAAAGGAGCAUUACAAACGCAUAGCAAGGAACAGACUUAGUACAUCCCAAGUGGCACCCUAUAGCCUAUAUAGUGCACUACUUUCGGCCAGAGCGAGGGAUGGUUGCCCUCCAGUGAGGGGCUAAAGAAGUGUGGAGUAUAGCCUGGCAAAGACACGGGCAUACAAUGGGUUCCCUCUUGACUUCCCCCAUUGAGAAUAGAUGAUUUGCUGUUCAUGGGGCAUGUGUUCGCUCGGUGACCCCUCUGUGGGGAGUGUUUCAUCAUGACACUAAUGGCCUCUGAUUGAACACAUCUGAGAGAAGACGACAGGAGAGAGGAAACGGUUUAAGUUGAGUCUAAACAUGGUGUGCUUAGAUCACCAUUCAAAUGUUGAUAUAUUGUAAAUUGUCUCUGGUAAAAAAAAAAGAUCCAUGCCAAGGUCUGGUCUAGUGCUGCAGACCCCAACACUAUCUCUCUAUAGCUAUAUCUCUCUAUCUAUAUAUUUACAUUUUAAUCAUUUAGCAGACGCUCUUAUCCAGAGUGAGUGCAUACAUCUUCAUACUGGCCCCCGUGGGAAACGAACCCACAACCCUGGCAUUACAAGCGCCAUGCUCUACCAACUGAGCUACAGGGGACUUAUAUAUCUCUAUCUAUAUCUCUCUAUCUAUUGAGGGAGACAGACAGAUGAGAUGAGUAGAUACAGAUAUAUAGAUACAGAUAUAGAUAGAGAGAAAUAGAUAGAGAUAUAUAGAUAGAGAUAGAGAUAUAUAGAUAGAGAUAUAUAUAUAUAUAUAUAGAUAGAGAUAUAUAGAGAUAUAUAGAGAUAUAUAGAUAUAUAUAUAUAUAGAUAUAGAUAGAGAUAUAUAGAUAGAGAUAUAGAUAGAGAUAUAUAGAUAGAGAUAUAUAGAUAGAGAUAUAUAGAUAGAGAUAUAUAGAUAGAGAUAUAGAUAGAGAGAUAUAGAUAGAGAUAUAGAUAGAGAUAUAGAUAGAGAUAUAUAGAUAGAGAUAUAUAGAUAGAGAUAUACAUUUUACAUUUUACAUUUUAGUCAUUUAGCAGACGCUCUUAUCCAGAGCGACUUACAGGAGCAUAUAGAUAGAGAUAUAGAUAGAGAUAUAUAGAUAGAGAUAUAGAGAUAGAGAUAUAGAGAUAUAGAUAGAUAUAUAGAUAGAGAUAUGUAGAUAGAGAUAUAUUGAUAGAGAUAUAUAGAUAGAUAUAUAUAUAUAUAGAUAUAGAUAGAGAUAUAUAGAUAGAGAUAUAGAUAGAGAGAUAUAGAUGGAGAUAUAGAUAUAGAGAUAUAGAUAGAUAUAUAGAUAGAGAUAUACAGAUAUAGAUAGAGAUAUAUAGAUAGAGAUAUAUUGAUAGAGAUAUAGAUAGAGAUAUAUAGAUAGAGAUAUAUAGAUAUAGAUAUAUAGAUAGAGAUAUAUAGAUAUAGAUACAGAUAUAGAUAGAGAUAUAUAGAUAGAGAUAUAGCUAGAGAGAUAUAGAUAGAGAUAUAGAUAUAUAGAUAGAGAUAUAUAGCUCGCGCUCUCUCGCUCGCGCUCUCGCUCGCGCUCUCGCUCGCGCUCUCUCGCUCGCGCUCUCUCGCUCGCGCGCUCUCGCUCGCGCUCUUCGCUCGCGCUCUCUCCUGCUCUCGCUCGCGCUCUCGCUCGCUCUUGCUCGCUCUCCUCUGCCUCGCGCUCUCGCUCUCGCGUCUCGCCUGAUGCGCUUCGUCUCUCUCUCGCUCUCUCUUACUCUCUCUAUCUCUCUCUUCUCUCUCUCUCUCUCUCUCUCCUAUCUCUCUCUCUCCUCUCUCUCUCUCUCCUCUUCUCUCUUCUCUCUCUCUAUCCUAUCUCUCUCUCUCUCAUUCUCUCGCUCUAUCUCUACUCCUAUCUCUUUCUCUAUCUAUAUCUCUCUAUCUACUCAUCUCAUCUGUCUGUCUCCCUCAAUUCACCACCGUCAAAAAAUAGUAAAACACAGAACGAAUUCCUUUUUUAAAAAAGAAUAAAGAUUCCCUGAGUAGAACAUUCCUCUAGUCUGCACUCUUAAGAAAAAAGGUUCUACGUAGAACCAUAUAGGGUUUGUCAUCUUGUCCCUGUAGAAGAACUCGAUAUGACAGUAAUUCUUUUUCUAUAGCUCCAUGUGUUGCUGGGGUAAGGCCCUGCGACAGACUAGCAUCCUGUCCAGGGGUUGUACUGGUACAUCAAGCUGCCUUACACUACAGAAACAGGAGAUAGGCUCCUGCUCCUAUGAGCCUUUCUGGCUUGGACAAGGCUUACUUACAAAUGUGUUGCUGUGCUGUUGUGCUGUUGCAGGGCUUUGGGAGUCUGUUUGGAGAGCACUGGCUGGGGAAUGAAUUUGUGUUCCUGCUGACCAGUCAGAGGCCCUAUAACCUGAGGGUGGAACUGAUCGACUGGGAUGGACAGCAGGCCUUCUCCCACUACGACUGCUUCUACAUCGGCAGCGAGAAGCAGAAUUACAGGUAGGAUACCAGCAAUGUGUUGUGGGACGUAUUCUUAAAGAGUAUCACAGUAGGGGUGCUGAUAGCAACUACAGAUGUCAUUUCCACUUUGAAAAUUCAGACUUGAUUUGCCCUAAAUAAAAAUGUAUCAACCCCUACAAAAAUGUCCAUGAAUUAUAAUCCACAUAAUAAUUCACAUUUUCCGUUCCUGCAGGAUUAUUUUCCUGCUCUAGCAAACUGGCUCAAAUUAAGAUCCUACAUCUGUAUGUACCCUAAGUGGAGAAAAAUGAAGUUUUAUCGAAUCUCAGCGCAUUGUAUCGUACCUACAGUACUGUUUUUAUGAUCAUUGGACAUUCCCUGACUAAAUACGCCCACAUUCCUAUUUAAAUAGUCACUCUACUACUCAAUUGUGGUUGUCUUUUUACUUUCUUGAGGAAAUGCAGUAGAUUUUUAAUGAAGUGGGAAUGAGAUAUUGGACUUUGUUCCAUCACUGACAAUGAUGUGCUUGGUGUUGUAUUUCCAUCACAGUAACGAUGGUGAGGCACUGGGGACUCUGAUCAUGAUUUGUAAUCAAUACAUUUUUCAGUUUGCUUGACUUCUUUGUCCAUAACCUUAUGAUUGAGGCUUCUAGGACUUCAGCAGAAUAUCAUAAUUCUUACUUUUUCAUUUAUUCUCUGUUCAAAAACAUACUGAAAAAUAUUUUGGAGUUCUGGAAUGGAAUCAAUUUUGGUCUCUAGAUUCUUAUUUCAUGACCAUUCUGUAGUACUUGUGAUGGAGAUGGUCCAAAACAAACUAUUGUCACACAGCUUCUUAGUGAAAGAGAGGCUCUGCCUCAUUUCACAAUGCCAUUACUAACAAAAUAAACUGUAAGAUCGUAAAAGGGAAUUACCAUAUUUUAAUUCCUUAGAACGAUAACCAGGAAGCUUUGUCUCAAUCUGAUUUAGUUCACCCACACACGGAUAUGCAAUCACACAAACGAACACACACCAGUACCAUUUUUACCUGGCUCACAUUUUUGCUAGCCAGUUAAAAACAAGGAAGGAUGGAAGGAUGUACAAAGAGCUAUUAGAUUAACUCUUGAGUAGUAUUGAGAGCGAGAGUAAACAAAGUAUGUCAGUGGAAAUGGAAAAGUAAUUUACAGUAUAUAGCAGUCAGUAUAUAUAAUCUGUUAGCGGGAAUCUAUGUAAAUAAUGACCAUUCUUUUAAACAUGGCAUAUAGAGGAAGAUCACAGCCUUUAAAAGGAAAGCUAUUCUAUGGAGUGUGGCUUUAAAUGGGCCUACAGCUCAAAUCCAAUCACAUUUUAUUGGUUGCAUACACAUAUUUAGCAGAUGUUAUUGCGGGUGUUGCGAAAUGCUUGUGUUCCUAGCUCCAACAGUGCAGUAAUACCUAGCUAAAUGCUUGUGUUCCUAAAUCCAACAAUGCAGUAAUACCUAGCAAAAUGCUUGUAAUCUUAGCUCCAACAGUUUAGUAAUACCUAGCUAAAUGCUUGUGUUCCUAGCUCCAACAGUGAAGUAAUACCUAGCUAAAUGCUUGUGUUCCUAGCUCCAAAAGUGCAGUAAUACCUAGCGAAAUGCUUGUGUUCUUAGCUCCAACAGUGAAGUAAUACCUAGCUAAAUGCUUGUGUUCCUAGCUCCAACAGUGCAGUAAUACCUAGCUAAAUGCUUGUGUUCCUAGCUCCAACAGUGCAGUAAUACCUAGCGAAAUGCUUGUGUUCUUAGCUCCAACAGUGCAGUAAUACCUAGCUAAAUGCUUGUGUUCCUAGCUCCAACAGUGUGGUAAUAUCUAGCUAAAUGCUUGUGUUCCUAGCUCCAACAGUGCAGUAAUACCUAGCGAAAUGCUUGUGUUCUUAGCUCCAACAGUAAAGUAAUAUCUAGCUAAAUGCUUGUGUUCCUAGCUCCAACAGUGCAGUAAUACCUAGAGAAAUGCUUGUGUUCUUAGUUCCAACAGUGCAGUAAUACCUAGCUAAAUGCGUGUGUUCCUAGCUUCAACUUUGCAGUAAUACCUAGCUAAAUGCUUGUGUUCCUAGCUCCAACUGUUCAGUAAUACCUAGCGAAAUGCUGGUGUUCUUAGCUCUAACAGUGCAGUAAUACCUAGCGAAAUGCUUGUGUUCCUAGCUCCAACAGUGCAGUAAUACCCAGCUAAAUGCUUGUGUUCCUAGCUCCAACAGUGCAGUGAUACCUAGCUAAAUGCUUUUAUUCCUAGCUCCAACAGUGCAGUAAUACCUAGCUAAAUGCUUGUGUUCCUAGCUCCAACAGUGCAGUAAUACCUAGCUAAACGCUUGUGUUCCUAGCUCCAACAGUGCAGUAAUACCUAGCUAAAUGCUUGUGUUCCUAGCUCCAACAGUGCAGUAAUACCUAGCUAAACGCUUGUGUUCUUAGCUCCAACAAUGCAGUAAUACCUAGCAAAAUGCUUGUAAUCUUAGCUCCAACAGUGCAGUAAUACCUAGCGAAAUGCUUGUGUUCUUAGCUCCAACAGUGCAGUAAUACCUAGCUAAAUGCGUGUGUUCCUAGCUUCAACUUUGCAGUAAUACCUAGCUAAAUGCUUGUGUUCCUAGCUCCAACAGUGCAGUAAUACCUAGCUAAAUGCUAGUGUUCCUAGCUCCAACAGUGCAGUAAUACCUAGCUAAACUUUUGUGUUCCUAGCUCCAACAGUGCAGUAAUACCUAGCUAAAUGCUUGUGUUCCUAGCUCCAACAGUGCAGUAAUACCUAGCUAAACGCUUGUGUUCUUAGCUCCAACAAUGCAGUAAUACCUAGCAAAAUGCUUGUAAUCUUAGCUCCAACAGUGCAGUAAUACCUAGCGAAAUGCUUGUGUUCUUAGCUCCAACAGUGCAGUAAUACCUAGCUAAAUGCGUGUGUUCCUAGCUUCAACUUUGCAGUAAUACCUAGCUAAAUGCUUGUGUUCCUAGCUCCAACUGUUCAGUAAUACCUAGCAAAAUGCUGGUGUUCUUAGCUCUAACAGUGCAAUAAUACCUAGCGAAAUGCUGGUGUUCUUAGCUCUAACAGUGCAGUAAUACCUAGCGAAAUGCUUGUGUUCCUAGCUCCAACAGUGCAGUAAUACCUAGCUAAAUGCUUGUGUUCCUAGCUUCAACAGUGCAGUAAUACCUAGCUAAAUGCUUGUGUUCCUAGCUCCAACAUUGCAGUAAUACCUAGCUAAACGCUUGUGUUCCUAGAUCUUACAGUGCAGUAGUAUAUAACAAUACAAAACAAUACACACAAAUCUGAUAGCAAAAUGGCGCUGAUAGACAUGGUCGCCCUGUUCAUGGCUCCUAAGCAAUUUUGCAGCUCUUCAGAUACACUGGGUUUCAGAGAGCCAGGCUGCCUUCCACUACUACUUAGUUAGUGUGACACAGAGUCACUGUAGAGGAGCCAAACACCUGGUCAACAUACCAUACUGAAGCCCCAUUAAUGAUCAGCCUGACACUUUGAUGGGUCAGAUAUAUGACCACACAGAGGGACCACAUACAGUGAGGGGAAAAAGUAUUUGAUCCCCUGCUGAUUUUGUACGUUUGCCCACUGACAAAGAAAUGAUCAGUCUAUAAUUUUAAUGGUAGGUUUAUUUGAACAGUGAGAGACAGAAUAACAACAACAAAAAUCCAGAAAAACGCAUGUCAAGAAUGUUAUAAAUUGAUUUGCAUUUUAAUGAGGGAAAUAAGUAUUUGACCCCCUCAACAUAGACAUAGGAUUCAACAUAGUAUUCAACAUAAACAUAGGAUUCAACAUAGUAUUCAACAGAGUAUUCAACAUAGACACAGUAUUCAACAUAGACAUAGUAUUCAACAUAGACAUAAUAUUCAAGUCUACUGAUUAAGAAGUGAAGUAUCCAUUAUCUGGUUCUGGCAAGACCUCAAAGAUGUCUGACUCAUAAACCACAGUUGGACCUGCCGCUUGACAUGCAGUACAGUAGAUGGGGCAAUACAAUGCAGGAUGAGAGAGUGCAAAGGGUUCACAGGGAAGUGUAUAUGGUUUGAAACAAAUGAGGAAACCAACAAUACCCUCAUAAACCAGGAUUUUCUUUAUAAAAGCAACAGGUGUGAUUGGUUUUGAUAUAGUGUACGAGAAUUUCAAAGACACUUCUUUAGAAGGGUACAUAAUCUUUGUAUUAGAUUAGAAGAACAUUGUGGUGGUGAAUUUCUGUCCUCAAGCGUUCGCACAGUGAGAACAAGGGGAGGUACUCGGAUUUACGUACAGAAUAAUAGGAAAUACUCUGAGACCAGGUUGCAAGGGGAGGUACAUAUUAUUUGUGUUAGAUUAGAAGAACAGUGUGGUGUAUGCACUGUAUGAAAAUGUAUGCACUCACUAACUGUAAGUCGCUCUGGAUAAGAGCGUCUGCUAAAUUACUAAAAUGUAAAUAUAAAAUGGUGGUGAAUUUCUUUCCUCCAGUGUUCACACAGUGAGAACAAGAACAAAGCAUUAUCCAGCAGCUAAAGGGCACUCCCAUUGUGUUUCUGCUUUAUUUCCCUCUGUGUUACCCUGGCGACUGAGUCAGGCUGUUCCUGAAGAGUCACAGUGGAACGGCAGGCAGACAGAGCAGCCUGGUCAUCAACGGAGCAGACUUCAGUACCAAGGAUAUGGACAAUGACAACUGCAUCUGCAAAUGUGCUCUCAUGCUCACCGGGGGUAUGUCUGAGGCUAAAGUCCACAUCGACCCCUAACCACAUGCACUCUGUAUGCACUCCUGUAGAACUGAAACAAUUGGAUAAGUAGAAGCAAUAAGACAACAACAACAACAACAACAACCCACCCAGAUUAUGCUAGGCAAGGUGAAAACAUUUCCAACCCAUUGACCUCCAUGUCACCAUCACCCACUUUAUCCCCCCCCCCCCCGGUCUAGAAGACCUGCAGAGCAAGCCGGAGCCAGUUAGCAUGUAUUCAGCACUGUUACUGACAUAUCAAAGCAGAGGAUGCUAUCUUAGCUGGUUAAGCCAGGUGGCAGCCCUCAUCAUUUUACAGAAUGAUUGCCACGUGCCAUGUGGCUGGUUUAGAAGUCCAGGGAACUGGUCAGCGGAAAUGAUAGAAAAUAACAGUAAAAUUCAUAUUAAAGUGAUGUAAAUGAGUAGCUACAAUCCCAUCAGGAUUUAGAUCCAGAAUGGACAUCAGAAAAUGCAUAGUACAGAUACAUGUCUUUAUCCUUUUAUCAAUGUCUAGACCAGCGUUUCCCAAACCCGGUCCUGGGGCCCCCUCUGGGUACACAUUUAGGUUUUUGCCCUAGCACUACACAGCUGAUUCAAAUAAUCAAAGCAUGAUGAUGAGUAAAUUAUUUGAAUCAGCUGUGUAGUGCUAGGGAAGAAACCAAAACAUGCACCCAUUGAGGUCCCCAGGACCGAGUUUGGCAAACGCUGGUCUAGAGUGACAACGAGGUAUUUAAAUCCACAUACAGCAUGCACCUCUUGCCCUCAAUACAAUGGGGUGCUUUAGACCCAAAAGUAGCCACAAACAUCAAGCACCAGCUUCCAGUCAGUUCUAACCUAUAACACUGAAUUUAGAUGCCCAUGGAAUGUAGGUUAAAGCAUGGCUGACGCCAACACGUAGCUUACUAGAGUAUGGCUGUGUCCCAAAUGGCAUCCUAUUCCAAAUAUAGUGCACUACUUUUGACCGGAGCUCUGGACCAGAGUAGUGCACUACAUAGGGAACAGGGUGCCAUUUGAGACUCAUCCCAUAGGUUGAUGAGUUCAGGAGGUGUAGUGGUUAGUGGAUAGAUCACUUGGCAUUAACGGCCCUCCAUAAGACUCCAAGUAGCUGGUCCAAACGUGUUGGGCUCGCAGAGAUUGUUGUAGACUAUUUAUAUUUUGUUAGUUGCCCUCACACUCCUCUCUCACCUGUAAUGAAAGGUCAGAGGUCAGAAUGGGGCAAAGCUAUCCAGAGAGAGGAGUGCUGGAGUCUGCUCUUGUGUUGAUGACUUGGCGCUGCAACAAAGCUAUCUAGAGAUAAUCAGAGGUUACAGGGAGGUCACACAGUUAUGACUUUGAUAGUUCCUCUGAUAGUGUAACAUCAUCAAGCCUAAAAUAAAUGUUGUUUGUUUCUCUCUGCCUUUCUCUCUAUGCCUUCAGGUUGGUGGUUCGAUGCCUGUGGACCAUCGAACCUGAACGGGAUGUACUACAAUCAUGGUCAGAACAUGGGUAAACUGAAUGGGAUCAGGUGGCACUACUUCAAAGGGUCAAGUUACUCUCUCCGUGCUACCGCCAUGUUGAUACGACCAGCAGACUUCUGAGAGGACCUUUCGGUGACUGUCGUUGGG